CUAAUAUUGACAUUCAGAAUAAACAAAUCAGUACUACCAACCCCGAGAUAUUAAAUUAUUUAUUUUUUCGAUUUGGCAACACUAUUCCCUUCCAUUUUUCUUUCCGUUCUGCAAAUCAGAAACGUCAAGAUGGCUGAGGUCGAAGAAACUCUUAAGAAGAAGCGUACCUUCAAAAAGUUCACCUACCGUGGUGUGGACCUCGACCAGUUGUUGGAUAUGCCCAACAACCAGUUGGUUGAACUGAUGCACAGCCGUGCACGCAGGCGUUUCUCCCGUGGUCUUAAGCGCAAGCCAAUGGCAUUGAUCAAGAAGCUGCGUAAGGCCAAGAAAGAAGCUCCACCAAAUGAGAAACCCGAUAUUGUCAAGACUCAUUUGAGAAACAUGAUCAUUGUACCCGAGAUGACUGGAUCCAUCAUCGGUGUUUACAACGGCAAGGACUUCACACAGGUUGAAAUCAAACCCGAAAUGAUUGGUCACUAUUUGGGAGAAUUCUCGCUCACCUACAAACCAGUCAAGCACGGUAGGCCCGGUAUUGGUGCCACCCACAGCUCCAGAUUUAUUCCACUUAAGUAAAUCCAAAAGAAAAGAGUAUCGCUACAAACACCUCUCAGCUGUGCAUAUUGCAUUAUGCUGUUUUUAAACGCUUGGACGUUGUAAAUUAUAGAAAUAAAGGAGCCUACGUUUUUUUAAGGAUUAACUAAAGAAAAAAAGUUCGUCUUAUUUGCUAUGUAAAAUGGUUGUUUUAUCGUGUGAGUUACAAGUGCUUAAUUAUGAAAGAGUGCUGUAAAUAUUUAGAUUAUGUGUGAUUCGCAACUCGUAUUGUCUAUAUCCGAGGGUUAUAUAUUCCACAAAUCGAAUACAGUUGUAUUUGUUUAGAUUGUUUAAUUGAUUUAUGGUGAAUUGGUAUAUUUGUUACAAUCAAUUAAUUAUUUCGAUCUUCAGUGCGAAGUAUUAAAGCAGAUUGCAACCUAGA